AAUGGCUACUACGCCUGGGGUAAUACCAUCGGUAUUGUCUAUGGAUUUAAUCGCAGAAGAUCUCAGCGACAGCGAGGAUGAUUCCGUAAUCUCUGAGAGCCGCACAGAACCUGAAUUCGCAGCCACCAAGGAGAUAGAGUCCCAUUUGGAGGCUAUAGACGUUAAGGAUGAAGUCCAUGUUAAGGAUUCGGGCGUUAUCCAUGCCCGCGAAUAUCAGCUUGAGAUGUUUGAGGAGAGUCUCAAACGUAACAUUAUCGUCGCAAUGGACACAGGGACAGGAAAGACUCAGGUGGCUGUCCUUAGAAUCCAAGCAGAACUGGAAAAGUCUGCUCCUCAUAAAGCCAAUUGUUUGGUUCUUGACCCCCACUGUUGCUCUGUGUGAGCAGCAAGCUCGAGUACUCAGGUUGCAGAUUCCAGCCGUGCAAAUCAAAACUCUCGUUGGAGCAGACGGCGUAGAGACCUGGUCCGAUGUUCGCAUAUGGGACAACUAUUUGAAGAAUGUGCGAAUAGUCGUUUCUACUUAUCAGGUCCUUCUAGAUGCCGUUAACCAUGCAUUUGUGCGUAUGGACCGGCUCUCCCUGAUAGUUUUCGACGAAGCCCAUAAUUGUCGUGGUAAGCACUCCGGCGCCAAGAUUAUGGGCCGGUAUCGUGACAGUAAAAACGCUGGUCUACCAAUUCCAUCAAUACUUGGUCUUACGGCGAGUCCGAUCGUGAGUUCGAAGCUUGAUACCCUCGAGAAAAUCGAACAAACGCUAGACGCCGUGUGUAAGAGCCCAAGCAUCCAUCGAGACGAGCUUUUGUCUGUCGUGAAGCGGCCGACCAUGACCCACGUUUUCUAUACCCGGCCGGAUGAGGAUGACUUUCCUCUAACUAACACUAUGAAGAGUCUGGCUAGUGUAUACUACGGAUUGGAUAUAAAUAAAGACCCGUAUAUUGUCCGACUGCGAAGAGAUAUGAGGGAGCGCAGUCAAGUAGCCCUUGAGAGGGCUCUAGAGAAUCAGGAUACUUACGUCUUUAAGCAGGUACAGUCUUUCUGGCGAAAAAGUGUUACAAUACACCGAGAACUUGGAACGCGGGCUGUAGAUUAUUUCAUUUCUGCGUCCAUCGCCCAGUUCCUAAAGUCGAUCAGGGAGAAUGAUUCGUGGUUUCAGGGAUGGGACACUCAGGAGAAGCAAUACCUUGCGAAUGCAUUACAAGGUGUCAAAACAUCAACACCGUCGCCACUUGAAUAUGGUACGGCUGAUUCAGGUAUUUCUAGCAAGGUUGCAGCUCUUGUACGAGAGCUAUCUCAUUCGGCCGACGGAACUAUUGGUAUCGUAUUCGUUCGUGAAAUUGCCACGGUAGCUAUCUUAUCACAUAUACUAUCAAUUCAUCCGUUGAUAAAGGAUCGCUUUCGGGUCGGUACUAUGAUCGGUACGAGCAACCACAUCAGUCAAAAACGAGAUCUCGGUGCCCCCAACAAGACGGAAUACGCUCAAAAUCUUAAGGAUUUCCAAGAUGGAAAGCUCAAUCUCCUUAUAGCUACGAGUGUCCUAGAAGAAGGUAUCGACGUCCCGGCUUGUAAUAUGGUAGUUUGCUUUGAUCCCCCGGCCAACCUGAAGACGUUUAUUCAGAGACGUGGUAGAGCUCGGAUGAGAGAGUCAAAGCUCGUUCUACUAAUAAGCGAGGUCACAACCCAAGUCGAGGAGUGGAUGGAGCUCGAAGAGGAAAUGAAGAGACGCUAUGAGGAGGAGACGAGGCGAGUACAACUUGAAGAGAUGGAGCAACCCGAGGUUGAGCCUUUCUAUGUACCAAAGACCGGAGCCCACCUUGACUUCGACCAGGCAAAGUCACACUUGGAACACUUUUGCAGAAAACUCUCGAAUCAUCAAUAUGCUGAUUCAAGGCCGUACUAUAUAUUUAAGCGAACACCCAACCCGCUUGGAGAGGUCCCGCAAGUCUCGGCAACGGUGGUCCUACCGAUGUCGUUACCCCCGGAGCUUCGGCGAGUAGAGAGUACCGGCCUCUGGUUCACCGAGAAAAGCGCUAGUAAGGACGCCGCCUUCCUGGCUUAUACCGCUAUCUAUAAAGCCGGUUAUCUUAAUGAUAAUCUGAUGCCAUUAAACACCGAGAUCACACAUGAUGUCGAGUCGAGAGCCCCAGAGAUAGAAGUUAACGGACAAAGGAGCCCUUGGGCACGGAUUGCGCGUGCUUGGGGUGACCAGAAAGAGUUAUACCAGCGCAGACUACGGUUGGUGGAUCAUCAUGGCGAUGUAUUAUGUGAAUUUGAUGCGACACUACCUGUGCCCUUUCCGGCUUUGCCAUAUAUCAAUGUCAUCUGGGAUAGAUAUAACCAUUGGAGGAUCGAACUGGGCGAAACAAAGGUUAUAUCCACCGAGGACCUCCAGGCUGAUCAGAGCCUGGCAUUGUUAGACCUAGCAUUCAGACAUCGUCAAUGGGAGACUAGGGAUGCCGCGCGAUCAAUACUACACAUUCGGUCCCCUACCCAGGAUAUCCCAUUCGGUGAGCUCGUGGGUCAACAGAGCGUUGAAGAAGCCUGUCUUGAUAGCACAAGACUAAUACGCUUCGGCGGAGCUCCCUAUUCAUUCAAAGUAUUGCUGCCUUCUCUCGGUCAGGACUUUCCAAUACCAGAAUCCUUAAAGGGCGAACCAGUUGAUGCCCCUUGGCUGUUGCUGGAGAAGUGGAUAAAAAGAAAAGACUUCCUUCACCAUUUUACUGAACCGCCCAAGUCGGAUUCUACUAAGCCAACUCAAAUGGUUAGGCCUGCGCGCCUCUGCCGAGUGGAUGGUAUCCACGUAUCCAACGUUCACUUCGGCAUGCUCAUCCCUUCUAUUAUGCACAAAAUAGAGAUCCAUCUGGUUGCUACGGAAUUAUGCAAUACCAUAUUGAAAGAUGUCGAAUUCAAGGAUAUCUCAUUAGUCAUUACCGCAAUUAGCGCACCAUCCGCCAGAGAAGGGACAAAUUAUGAAAGGCUGGAGUUCCUUGGCGACACGACUCUGAAGCUGCUUGCUACGGCCACCAUAACUGCCAAUAGGCCGAAUUUCCCAGAAGGGUAUCUGGACGCUAUCAAGAUGAGCAUAGUAUCAAAUGCUAGGCUGUGCCGCGCAGCGGUCGAGACUGGCCUGGAUAAGUUUAUUCUUAAAAAGGAGUUCACGGGCGCGAAGUGGAAGCCCAUUUAUAUCGAAGACAUGCUUGAUAUAAAUGAUAAUGCGGACGACAAACGUGUGGUGUCGACCAAGACACUUGCCGAUGUAGUAGAGGCCUUAAUCGGAGCUGCGUACGAAGAUGGCGGAAUAGAUAAAGCGCUCGCCUGCCUCCGGAUAUUCGUCCCCGAGGUGGAAUGGCAUAGCCUUGAUUCUGCCUGCAAUAAGAUAUUUGACCAGACUGCUAUGAGCACGUAUCUCCCGCCUCCCCUCGCACCUUUGGAAGAAUUAAUCGGAUAUUCCUUCCGCAACAAGAAUAUACUCGUCGAAGCCGCCACGCAUUCUUCUUUCGGAUACGUCGACUCGACGGGAAACUGCAUGGAACGCCUGGAAUUCCUCGGCGACGCCAUCUUGGACAGCGUGAUCGUCUCCGUUAUAUGGGAUUUCGAACGCGAUAUGUCACAGCAUGAAAUGCACCUCCUCCGCACGGCCUGUAUCAACGGCGACCUGCUCGGGUUCUUGGGCAUGGAGUGGAGCAUCGAGCAGGAGGCUACGCAGAUCUCUGAGGAUAAAUCAACUAUCGAGACGAGCACCACACUCCCGUUCUGGAAGUUCAUGCGCCACACGUCGCAGGACAUGGGCAUCGUCCAGCAAGCCGCGGAAGAAAGACACUCGCAAGAGCGGGAGGCUGUCCUCGAGGCUAUCAACCACGGAUCAGAGUAUCCCUGGGCACAGCUCUUCCAUCUGCACAUACCCAAGUUCUUUUCUGAUUUCUUCGAGAGCGUGCUUGGCGCCGUGUGGGUAGACUCGCAGUCUUUAGACGUAUGCGCCAGCGUCGUCGAAAGGGUGGGCAUACUACCGUAUCUGCGACGCAUGCUCGCCGGCGGCGUCGACGUCCUACACCCCAAGAACCAUCUCGGCCACGAGGCGGGUAAGAUCGGCAAGCCGGUCGAAUACCAAACCGAGGUGCACGACGCGCAGGGCGGGGAUAGGGAAUUGGUCUGUAGGGUACUGGUUGGGGAUGAGGUGAUUGCGGAGGUGGGUGGUGGGGUGUCGCCCGAGGAAGUGCAGACUCGAGCGGCGUAUGCGGCGUAUAAGAUUCUGGUUGCGAGGGGGGAGAAGGAGAGGGUAUGUAAGGGGGAGGGUGAGUGAGUGAGUGGUUAGAUGGUUGGAUGAGAUAUGAUGGAUAACCUGAUAGGUUAUGAAUUAAUGAAUGCACGAAUGAGCUCUGGGUGGUGAGCAAUACUAAUGCGUUAUGGGAUUUCAUGUUGAAUAUUAUGGCAUGCUGAUCUCUCAAUAUUUGCGUUGGUAUUUAUGGUGAACGACUUUAUCUUGACUUGGAGGUAUGAUUUAACUAACGAGGGUAUACAUAGAAGUGCCUACCUAAGGUAUAUAACACAUUGCUCUUUAGUAAUAGUAGAAAGUGAAUUAUAAAUUUAUA